AUGGAAGAACUUCUAAUGGGAAUUUACACAAGGGACAGGACUAAACAUCUCAAUGUCAUUACUUCUAUCUGCAUUUUCAACUUAAUCAACACAUGCUGCCUUACAUUUUCACAGCCUUCUGCUGCUGAAUGCAUCCUUCAACUUGGAAAAUUUUCAGUACCGUAUAAUGUGCGUGACGAAGGUGGAAACUGGGGUAGUUUCUUGAAUGAUGAAACCUGUGGAGGACCCUUUCGAGACUACCUCUAUGCAAUGGGAAUCAGAGCAAAUAAAACAGGACAAAUGUACCUGAAUUCGACUCAGCAAACGAACUGCUUGACUAAGAUGAAUGAUGAAGGAAAUAGAAUUGAUGCUUUCGGUUGUGGUAUUGAGAAGCUAACAAAAACUGGUGGCAGCUGCUCAAAUUUCUCUGUUAAUGAUGCUAAUAUAAAGUUAGGAGACAAACUCAGAAAGUUGAGUUAUAACUGUCAAUUUCAGGACACUGCUGAUAAAAGAGGUCAUUUGUGUGAGUCCUGUGUAAAUAGCUGGAAAGAUAUAAAGGAAAUGAAGUCGAAAAAUGACAAAUACACGGAGGCAGAAUCAGAUAUAUGUAGGUUUGCAGUAUUAGUAUCACUAACAAGUACUAGAAUUACAGAUCAAGCGUGGCUCAGAAAGCUUUACAAUUGCCUUUCAAAUCAAAAGCAACCUGUGAACUUUGCACAUACCAAAGAAAAAGAGCAAGAGGAAGAAGAGCACUCGGAGCUGACAGAAAAACACAAGUUUAGACCAGUUAUAUCAGUUCUAAUUGGAGGAAUCCUAGCAGUCCUGAUAACUGUAUUUAUCUCUGUGUGGGCUUUCAUACGUAAAAGGGCCAAUGUAGAUGCAUCUGAGAAGAAAUUUGCUAUAGAUCUGCCAAAAGAUUCUAGUUUGGAAGUCUCCAUUGAGGAGGUCUACUCAGCUACAAACAAUCUAAAUGAAUCAAACUUCAUUGGUGAGGGGACAGCAGGAAGGGUGUAUAGAGGAGUUCUCCCUAAUAAUCAGGAGGUUGCAAUUAAGCACAUAACCCAUGAAGAAUGUAUAGAAACAUUCCUCAGGGAAGUCAAAAGCCUAACUAAUGUCAGACAUCCAAACCUGGUAGCCUUGCUUGGCUAUAGUAAGAAUGCCAAAGAAUGUUUCCUCAUUUAUGAAAUUUGUCCCUAUGGCAAUCUCUCUCAGUGGCUCUUUGCAAACAAUAGAGUACUAUCCUGGACUCAAAGGCUUGAGAUUGCCAUUGAUAGUGCUAAGGGACUCUUGUUUCUUCACACCUAUCAUGACAGAAGUAUAAUCCACCGCGAUAUAAAGCCUACAAACAUACUCUUAGGCCAGAAUUUUGAAGCUAAGCUUUCUGAUUUCGGAUUGUCCAAAGUGAUAGACAUUGACGAAUCCUACAUGAUCUCAGAAGUGAGAGGCACCUAUGGUUAUAUCGAUCCUGAAUAUGAAACAAACCAUCAUGUAAAUUCAGCAGGCGAUGUCUAUAGUUUCGGAAUAGUACUUCUGCAGAUCCUCUCUGGAAGGAAAGUUAUCAAUAUGAACAUAGAAAAACCAACACGGCUGGACAAAAUUGCAAAAUCGCUGUUGAGGGAAAGAAGGGCAGUGGAUUUUGUUGAUCCAAAACUUCAUGGAGAUUACUCAACAGAUGCUUUCCAGCUCACACUGGAGCUAGCUAUUUCUUGCAUUGCACCAAAGCAACAAAGACCCUCCAUUGAGAACGUUGUUGACAAGCUGGAGGAGGCCUUAGCUAUAACAAGAAGGGAAAAAGCUUCAACACCUCACUCUACACCAGUGUGGUCUUCAACUUCUUUCCAAGAACAAUAUAGAACAAUAGUUGAAAAUGUUACCUAAUCUAUC